AUGGCCAUCGGGCGAAGGUGGCUCUGCUUGCCUCAGAAAAGUAACAGGACCCCAAUUACUGGCGGAGUUGGGUUUGCAUCUGGAGCACAGGGGAAUCGCAGCGCCUCUCACGGCACCCCGAACCUCAACAGGCGGCACUGGCAGCCGCGGGAGCUGCUGCAAUCGCUCCCUGUCCUGCCCUCUCUUCCAGAGCCCACCAUCUUCCUCAUCUUCAGCCACGGGCUGCAGGGCUGCCUGGAGGCGCAGGGCGGGCAGGUCAGAGUCUCCCCAGCCUGCAAUGCCAGCCUCCCUGCCCAGCGCUGGAAGUGGGUCUCCAGAAACCGGCUCUUCAACCUGGGCUCCAUGCAGUGCCUGGGCACCGGCUGGCCCAGCGCCAACACCACCGCCGCCCCGGGCAUGUACGAGUGUGACCGGGAGGCGCUGAGCCUGCGCUGGCACUGCCGCACACUGGGCGACCAGCUGUCCCUGUUUCUGGGGGGCCAUGCUGGCAACGCAUCCAAAGCCGGCACCGCCGAUCGCGGUGACCAGACCCGCAGCGGCCAGUGGCGCAUCUAUGGCAGCGAGGAGGAUCUGUGUGCGCGGCCCUACUACGGCACCAGCGCGGGCCGCGAGGACGGGCACCUGUGGUGUGCCACCACCCAGGACUACGGCAAGGACGAGCGCUGGGGCUUCUGCCCGGUCAAGAGUAACGACUGUGAGACCUUCUGGGACAAGGACCAGCUAACGGACAGCUGCUACCAGUUCAACUUCCAGUCCACGCUGUCCUGGAGGGAGGCCUGGGCGAGCUGCGAGCAGCAGGGCGCCGAUCUGCUGAGCAUCACGGAGAUCCACGAGCAGACCUACAUCAACGGGCUCCUCACAGGCUACAGCUCCACACUGUGGAUCGGCCUCAAUGACCUGGACACCAGUGGAGGCUGGCAGUGGUCAGACAACUCGCCCCUCAAGUACCUCAACUGGGAGAGCGACCAGCCGGACAACCCCAGCGAGGAGAACUGCGGAGUCAUCCGCACGGAGUCCUCGGGCGGCUGGCAGAACCGCGACUGCAGCAUCGCUCUGCCCUACGUGUGCAAGAAGAAGCCCAACGCCACGGCCGAGCCCCCGUCUCCCGACGUGUGGGCCAGCGUGAAGGUGGAGUGCGAGCCCAGCUGGCAGCCCUUCCAGGGCCACUGCUACCGCCUGCAGGCCGAGAAGCGGAGCUGGCAGGAGUCUAAGAAGGCGUGUCUGCGCAGCGGGGGCGACCUGCUCAGUGUCCACAGCAUGGCCGAGCUGGAGUUCAUCACCAAGCAGAUCAAGCAGGAGGUGGAGGAGCUCUGGAUCGGCCUCAACGAUCUGAAGCAGCAGAUGAAUUUUGAAUGGUCCGAUGGGAGCCUUGUGAGCUUCACCCACUGGCACCCCUUUGAGCCCAACAACUUCCGGGACAGCCUGGAGGACUGUGUCACCAUCUGGGGGCCGGAAGGCCGCUGGAAUGACAGCCCCUGUAACCAGUCCUUGCCAUCCAUCUGCAAGAAGGCAGGCCAGCUGAGCCAGGGGGCCGCCGAGGAGGACCAUGGCUGUCGGAAGGGUUGGACGUGGCACAGCCCCUCCUGCUACUGGCUGGGGGAGGACCAGGCCACCUACGGCGAGGCCCGCCGCCUGUGCGCCGACCACAGCUCGCAGCUCGUCACCAUCACCAACAGGUUCGAGCAGGCCUUCGUCAGCAGCCUCAUCUACAGCUGGGACGGCGAGUACUUCUGGACGGCCCUGCAGGACCUCAACGGCACCGGCUCCUUCCGCUGGCUCAGCGGGGAUGCAGUGAUGUACACCCACUGGAACCGCGACCAGCCAGGGUACAGCCGUGGCGGCUGCGUGGCCCUGGCCACGGGCAGCGCUAUGGGGCUGUGGGAGGUGAAGAACUGCACCUCGUUCCGGGCACGCUACAUCUGCCGCCAGAGCCUGGGCACCCCAGUGACGCCUGAACUGCCGGGGCCAGACCCCACACCCAGCCUCACGGGCUCCUGUCCCCAGGGCUGGGCUUCAGACCCCAAGCUCCGCCACUGCUACAAGGUGUUCAGCUUGGAGCGGCUACAGGACAAGAAGAGCUGGGUCCAGGCCCAGGGGGCCUGCCAGGAGUUGGGGGCCCAGCUGCUGAGCCUGGCCAGCUACGAGGAGGAACAUUUUGUGGCCAACAUGCUCAACAAGAUCUUCGGGGAAUCAGAGCCUGAGAUUCAGGAGCAGCACUGGUUCUGGAUGGGUCUGAACCGGCGAGACCCUGCAGCAGGACAGAGCUGGCGCUGGAGCGACGGUCUGGGGUUCUCUUACCACAAUUUUGACCGGAGCCGGCAUGAUGACGACGACGUCAGGGGCUGUGCAGUGCUCGACCUGGCCUCCCUCCAGUGGGUGGCCAUGCAGUGCGAGACGCAGCUGGACUGGAUCUGCAAGAUCCCUCGAGGUGUGAACGUGAGGGAACCUGACAUCAGCCCACAAGGCCGGCAGGAGUGGCUGCGCUUCCAGGAGGCCGAGUACAAGUUCUUCGAGCAUCACUCCACGUGGGGGCAGGCCAAGCGCAUCUGCACGUGGUUCCAGGCCGAGCUGGCCUCUGUGCACAGCCAGGCCGAACUGGACUUUCUGGGGCACAACCUGCAGAAGCUUCCCCAGUUCUCCCGGGGCCAGGAGCAGCACUGGUGGAUCGGCCUGCACACCUCGGAGAGCGACGGCCGCUUCAGGUGGACGGAUGGCUCCAUCAUAAACUUUAUCUCCUGGGCACCGGGAAAACCUCGACCCAUCGGCAAGGACAAGAAGUGUGUGUACAUGACGGCCAGCCGAGAGGACUGGGUGGACCAGCGGUGCCUGACAGCCUUACCCUACAUCUGCAAGCGCAGCAACAGCACCAGAGAGACACAGCCCCCGGACCUGCCCCCCACCGCCCUGGGAGGCUGCCCCUCUGGCUGGAAGCAGUUCCUCAACAAGUGUUUCCGAAUCCAGGGCCAGGACCCCCAGGAUCGGGUGAAGUGGUCCGAGGCACAGUUCUCCUGUGAGCAGCAAGAGGCCCAGCUGGUCACCAUUGCCAACCCCUUAGAGCAAGCGUUCAUCACAGCCAGCCUGCCCAGUGUGACCUUUGACCUUUGGAUUGGUCUCCAUGCCUCGCAGAGGGACUUCCAGUGGGUGGAGCAGGAGCCUCUGCUGUAUACCAACUGGGCCCCUGGGGAGCCCUCUGGCCCCAGCCCUGCUCCCAGCGGCAACGUCCUGACCAGCUGUGCCGUGGUCCUGCACAGCCCUUCAGCCCACUUCACCGGCCGCUGGGACGACCGGAGCUGCACGGAGGAGAGGCAUGGCUUCAUCUGCCAGAGGGGCACAGACCUGUCCCUGAGCCCAUCCCCAGAGGCGUCGACCCCUGCCCUGGGGGCUGAGCUCUCCUACCUCAACGGCACCUUCCGGCUGCUGCAGAAGCCGCUGCGCUGGCAUGAUGCCCUCCUGCUGUGUGAGAGCCGCAACGCCAGCCUGGCCUACGUGCCCGACCCCUACACCCAGGCCUUCCUCACUCAGGCCGCCCGGGGGCUGCGCACACCCCUCUGGAUCGGGCUGGCCAGCGAGGAGGGCUCCCGGCCGUACUCCUGGGUCUCAGAGGAGCCUCUAAACUACGUGAGCUGGCAGGAGGGGGAGCCCCAGCAGCCGGGGGGCUGCGCCUACAUGGAUGUGGACGGGGCCUGGCGCACCACCAGCUGUAAUACCAAGUUGCAGGGGGCUGUGUGUGGCGUUCACAGGGGGCCCCCUCCUCCCCGGAGAGUGAGCUUCCGGGGCAGCUGUCCCCAGAGCCUGGCUGACUCCGCCUGGAUCCCCUUCCGGGAGCACUGCUACUCCUUCCACAUGGAGCUGCUGCUCGGCCACAAGGAGGCGCUGCAGCGCUGCCAGAGAGCGGGCGGGGCAGUCCUGUCCAUUCUGGAUGAGAUAGAGAACGUGUUUGUCUGGGAACACCUGCAAAGCAUUGAUGGCCAGAGUCGGGGUGCCUGGCUCGGCAUGAACUUCAAUCCCAAAGGAGGCACCCUGGUCUGGCAGGACAACACGGUGGUGAACUACUCCAACUGGGGGCCCCCGGGCCUGGGCCCCAGCAUGCUGAGCCACAACAGCUGCUACUGGAUCCAGAGCAGCAGCGGGCUGUGGCGCCCCGGGGCCUGCACCAACGUCACCAUGGGCGUGGUCUGCAAGCUCCCUCGAGCUACGGAGAGCAGCUACUCCCCAUCAUCCGCGCUCCCCGAGAACCCGGCGGCCCUGGUGGUGGUGCUGAUGGCCGUGCUGCUGCUCUUGGCCCUGCUGACCGCUGCGCUGAUCCUCUACCGGCGGCGACAGAGCGCGGAGCGUGGGGCCUUCGAGGGUGCCCGCUACAGCCGCAGCUCCGCCGGCCCCGGCGAGGCCACGGAGAAGAACAUCCUGGUGUCCGACAUGGAGAUGAAUGAGCAGCAGGAGUAGAGCCAAGCCGUGGGCAGGGCGGGGGCGAGCAGCUGGGGAGGCGGGGCCCUGGUCAGCCACCCCUGCUAGCUACCAGGCUCCCUGGCCUGUGGAGGGGCCCUGGGGACCGCUGCUGGGCACUGGGCCCAAGCAGGCCCUGAGCGGCUGGGUCCCGCCUUGCCGUGAGGGCUGAGCUGAGACCUGGCUGAGUGGAGUUUCCCAUCUGGGGAGCCUCAGGUGUUGUCACCUGGGCUGUGCCUCCAUGGUCACCAGAGGCAGGACAGGAGCGGCUUUCUCCCUUGUCCUCCCCAGAACCCGCUGCCCAGGCUGCUGCCCCGGCCCCAGGACCCCUUCUCACUGCAGUGCCUGAGGGCCUCCGCUGGCCCUCAGCCUGGCUUCUCUCCUCCCCACCUGGCCCCCCCCAGCUCCCUGUCUCCCACCCCUUCCCCCAACCCCUUUCCCCAGACCUUCCAGCCAGGGCCCUGGGGUCUGGGGAGCCUUCUUUCUCCCGGUGGGGGUCAACUGAGGGUCAAGCACCUAUCACCCCCGUGCCGUGCCUACGGGGUGGGUAUGGGGAGGUCACGGCAGAUGAGCCUGAGAACCGGGACACCCGGUGGUGUCAGCUGAGCUGGGGACAGGACUGGGGAGAGACACCCCAGCCUCCUGGGGAUGACCAGGUUGGGCUGGGGUGUCAUCUCCUGCCGGUAGGGGGAGGACCUUGUCCUUAAAGAGUCCCCUGUGGGGGCCGAAAUAAGUUCCCUGAAGUUUCCAGCUCCUCCCUCUGGUUCAGAGAGAGGCAGGGUUUGCCGGGUCCUGGGGGCCUCAAAGAAGCGGGAACUCGGGUCCCGCCCUCUAGUGGGGCCCUGGGGCGCAGCAGGCAGCCCUGGCGUGGGACUGUGCUGGGGAGCUGACCAGGGCCUUUGCAAGAUGCCAGCACCCCAGCCCCGAGGGGGGUCCAGCCAGUCCUGGCCCCGCUGCGUGGGACAAAGUGAACACAGACUCAAAGACGUGGUCCUUUUUUGUAGUUCUCGAUUUUUUAAAAUGUGCCAUUAUUGUUGAAAAAAGCAAAAAAGAAAAGCAAACAAAUAAAACAACUU